UGCGCUUGUGCAUAGAAGGGCCGAACGAGUAAAGUCACCAGGAGUGCGGUGGGUGCCAGCAGCGCGAGCCCUGAGGACCAUGAAGCUCCCACUUUUCAUAGCUGAUGCAUUUACAACAAAAGCAUUCCGAGGGAAUCCCGCUGCUGUUUGCCUCCUAGAAGAUGAAUUGGAUGAAGACAUGUAUCAAAACAUUGCGAAGGAAAUGAAUCUCUCUGAAACUGCUUUUGUCCGAAAACUGCACCCAACAGACAACUUUACACAAAGUUCCUGCUUUGGCCUGAGGUGGUUCACACCGGCAAGUGAGAUUCCUCUCUGCGGCCAUGCCACCCUGGCUUCUGCGGCCGUGCUGUUCUACAAAAUCAAAAACAAGAACAGUACUCUCACCUUUGCCACCCUGAGUGGAGAGCUGAAGGCCAGAAGAGCUGAAGAUGGGAUCACCCUGGACCUGCCCCUCUACACUACGCAGCCACAGGACUUCCAUGAUGUGGAGGACUUGAUAAAGGCAGCCAUAGGCAACACUCUGGUCCAGGACAUCCACUAUUCUCAGGAUACUCAGAACCUCCUCGUCCGGCUCAGCGAUUCCUAUGACAGGUCAUUUCUAGAGACCCUCCAAGUGACCACGGGGACCCUGACCCAAGUAGAGAACACGGGGAAGGUGAAAGGACUCAUUCUCACCCUCAGAGGAGAGCCUUCUGGGCAUGCCCAGGCAUUUGACUUCUACUCAAGAUACUUUGCACCAUGGGUUGGGGUCUCGGAGGACCCCGUCACAGGGGUUGCACACACUGUUCUCAGCAGCUACUGGUCCCAGCAGCUGGGGAAGAAAGAUAUGCGAGCAUUUCAGUGUUCCCUCCGAGGAGGAGAGCUGGGCAUUUCCCUGCGAACAGACAGCCGUGUGGACAUCAAGAGCAAUGUCACUGUGGUCGUGGAAGGCACACUGACCAUCUAGGUGAGGUGUGACUUUACCGAAGCUGAAACUGUUUCCCUUACUGUUGCACUCAUGUAUCACAGCUAAAAAUUAAGGCAACCCAGAACAUUAGCCCAAUGUGAGGAUAUUUGCGAUAGUAAAAUUAAA